CGCAUUUUAAACAGCGUAUUUCCUGUUGAAGAUGUCGGCGACCUUGUGUGUGAAGUUGCAACGAAACCAGGGCUGGCUGCCUCUGAUUCAGAGCGUCCGACACGGGUCCAAGGCUGUGACCCGUCACAGAAAACCCCUUCAUAUUCUCAAACAGAAGCUUCUUGCCGUCACACAAUACAUUCCUCCAGCUAGGACCGCUCCUCCGGGGGCUUAUCCGUCCGAAAAAAAGCACGUCCAGGAGGAUAAUCAGUUUGUUUUACUCCUGAAGAAGGAUUUGGAGAAAGUGUUUGAGGAGUUCAAAAUGAUCGCCGUGGUCCAGUCAAACGCCUGCAGUGUUGACGACAUGCUGAUGCUCAGACACAGACUUUUCAAACACGGCAUCAAAAUUAAAUCUUUCCCCAACCAGGUAAUGCGGUCCUUCCUGAGUAACUCAGUUUAUAGCAACAUGGCUCCUCUGUUCAUUGGCCCCACCAUUCUCUUUCUGAGCAAAGAGCCAAAAGUGAAAGAGAUGAUGUCUGCUCUCAGGUUUAGCCCACAGAUAACACUCUUAGGCGCCUGCAUAGACAACACACUGCUGAGUGCACAGGGCGUGGUCAGUUACUCCAAACUGCCGUCGCUGACUGUCGUCCAGGGCGAGCUGGUCAGUGGGCUGACCAUGCUGACGUCCCGCACAGCCUUCAUGCUGCAGCGCCACCCGGCUCAUCUCUCCGCCCUUCUGCAACAGUACAUCAAACAGCAGAGCCUGGACGCUGGCGCCGAAGCCACGCCGAAAGCAGAGGACGCCUCAUAGAUCUUCACAGAAACACCUCUGGACUUUAGCCUUGCAGAUUUAUGUCUAGUUGGAAUGAGGAGGGCCUGAAAUGGAAACUGUUUGGUACCAAACUUUGGGGUAACAGUACUGUUGGAGUUGAGAACGUGAAUGGCUUCAGCCUCACUGUGGAAUUUUUGAAGGACAGUGCUUCAAAAAUGUCAAUUUAGCUUGUAAUUUUAGGGUGUUUGUAAAUAAAAGAAAUAUGCUCAAAGUCAAAA